AUUUUUUCCUCAUUGGGUCAGUAACAGUUUCUGGGACAUUCGCGUUUCGUUUAGUUUGACCCCUGCGACUGCCGUUCAGUCAAGAUGGUGCUGGAGAAGAAAAGCUCCGCCCGGGUCGAAGCGGGUCAGCGCAGGGUUCUGGAUGAGGCGACCCGGCAGAGGAGGCUGACCCGGCAGCUGGAGGCUCUGGAGAAAGACAACUUCCAGGACGACCCUCUGUCCUCCCUGCCCCCCCCUGGUCCCACGGCCCGACUCCCAGCCUUCAGUGAGACGGAGGAGCCAGAGAAGAAGAGGAGGAAGACGAGGGGUGAUCAUUUCAAGCAGCGCUUCAGGAAGAACUUCACCACCCUGCUGGAGGAGGAGAACCUGUCGGAGAGGGCGGAGCCUAACUACCUGUCAGCUGCGGCCCCGCCCUCCUCUCUGCCGCCACGUCUCUUCUGCUGCGUCUGCGGCUUCCCGUCCCACUACACCUGCACCACCUGCGGGGGGCGCUACUGCAGCAGCAGGUGUCUGCUCACGCACAGGGAGACCAGGUGUCUGAAGUGGACGCUCUGAGGACGCUUUGGACCAUACUGGACCAGAUCGGACCGCAGGACAUGUUGGACUGCUGCUGCUGGACAGAGACGCUGCUGUCUGGGUCAGGACGCUCCAGAACCUAGACGACCCGGUUGGUUCUGAUGGUUGGUCUCAGUGUGGACCCAUCUCUGCCUUCACUGCAGAACCAGAACCAGCAGAACCAGAACCAGCAGAACACUGAGGUUCCACAGGAGGACACCUGAGUUUGUUCCAAUUUUCAGGAACCAGAACCAGAACCGACCCGGAUCUCCUGGAUGUUUUAAUUUCAUUUUGUUCUGAAACUGAAAUAAAUGUUGUUUUUCUGA